UCUCAAGUACAUGCUUUAUGGCUUGAAGUGAACUAAUGAACAUUAGUGCAACACGCGUACAAUUGUUCAAGAGUAUGGACAAGAGCCGCAUUUUCCCUAGCUUCAAGUGUCGGCAACUUUAAAGCCCCUGCCGGCAUUUACUCCUUCGGCCAAAAAUUAGAGCUCCUCGGGUGACGUUAUUGCAAUUGCUAAAACCGGAGUCUUUGAAGCUGCCACUUUCCAAACGUAGGAUCUAAAAAACUUGUUUCCUCUCAACAUAACUGACAAAAUGGCUCCUCAAUUAGCAUGGAUUGGUCUUGGCAACAUGGGUAGGGGCAUGUGCAAGAAUCUGGUUGAGAAAGGCCAGCUUGAUAAGCCCUUAAUCAUAUACAACCGUACAACGAAGCGUUCCGAAGACCUCAACAAGUUACUUCCUUCCGGAAAGUCGAAAGUAGCUACCUCGAUCAAAGAUGUUGUCUCCGAAGCGGACAUUAUCUUCACCUGCGUUGGUGACGAUACUGCUAUCAAUGAAACAAUCAAUGAAGCGUUGAAGGUCGAGGCGAAGGGAAAGCUAUUCGUCGAUUGCUCCACUGUACAUCCUGAGACCUCGGACGAGUUGGCAAAGAAAGUCACUGGUGCUGGUGCUGAGUUCGUUGCAUGUCCAGUCUUUGGAGCACCAGCGAUGGCAGACAACGGACAACUUGUCUGCGUGUUGGCUGGACCAAAAGAAAGUGUCGAAAAAGUGAAGCCAUACACCAAAGGAGUCAUGGGAAGAGCAUUCGUCGAUUUUGGUGGCCAAAGGGUCGGACAAGCCACCCUCUUGAAGAUCAUUGGUAACACGUUCGUUCUCAACAUGGUCGAAGCAUUAUCAGAAGGACAUACAUUGGCAGAGAAGUCCGGUUUGGGUAGCGAGAACCUACAUCAGCUCAUCGAGACGAUGUUUCCAGGACCAUACACAGCCUAUUCAAACAGAAUGAUGUCAGGCGACUACAACCGCGAGGAGCCACUAUUUGCAGUCGACUUGGCUCGAAAGGAUGCCCGACAUGCUAUGGCUUUGGCAAAAGCAUCUGGGACUCGACUCAGAGAUGUUGAGGUAGCAGAUGCACACUUGGAGCAAGUAAAGAAACACAAGGGUGAGAAAGGAGAUAUUGCUGGAAUUUAUGGUGCCGUGAGACAAGAAGCUGGUCUGAAAUUCGAGAAGUAGACUUAUGAACAAUACAAGUAACCCUUAAUUAUGAAGUUGAAAUCAUGAAAACAAGAU